GAGUGGGAGAGAGAGUGGGAGAGAGAGAGUGAGAGGGAGAGAUCCAGUGAGAGAGAGAGAGAGAGUGAGAGGGAGAGAUCCAGUGAGAGAGAGAGAGAUCGCGAUGGAAGACGCGCCGGAACAGGAGCAGAGCUGCUGAGUGUCUGAAGGAGCGAAAGAAAACAAAGCUAGUAAUAAAUCCGGAUCCGUGCGGAGAGAAUAAAGCAGGUGACCUUGAGGAAUGGCACUUUAUUAAGGAGAAGAACGAGGCUGCUGGACGCAGGCAUGUCGGCAUGGCGUGCACCAGGAGAACCAAAACUUUAGUGUCCACAUGCGUGAUCCUGAGCGGAAUGACCAACAUCGUGUGUCUGCUCUACGUCGGAUGGGUCACCAACUACAUCGCCAGUGUGUACAUUAAAGUCCCGGUGCCAGCCAGGAGGUCCGAGGGAGACAAGAAGGGAGAAACUCUGCGGAUUAUAGAGAGACUCGACCGGCUGGAAAGUGUCGUGAACCAGCACAUACAAGAAACCCCGCUCAAAUCAGACAGUAAUCAGGAGGACCGAUCUUUCUCAGACUCCUCUCUCUUCAGCCACUGGGGUCAGGAUCUGAACUCAGAGAGUCGCCGAGUCGCCCUCAAGAUGUUUCAGUACUACGGUUACAACGGCUACCUCAGUGAGCGUCUGCCCAUGGACCGAGCCAUCCCCGACUACAGACCUGAAGGGUGUAAGAACAUGUCGUACGCCUCCAACCUGCCGCAGGUCAGCAUCGUGUUCAUCUUCGUCAACGAGGCGCUGUCCGUCAUCCUGCGCUCCGUCCACUCGGCCAUGAACAAAACCCCCGGCCACCUGCUCAAAGAGAUCAUACUGGUGGACGACAACAGCAGCAGCGAGGAGUUGAAGGAGAAGCUGCAGGACUUUGUAGAACAGACGAACGCUCAGCGUCCAGGCUUUAUAAAGAUGGUGCGGCACCAGAAGCAGGAGGGUCUGAUCCGGUCCCGUGUGAGUGGCUGGAGGGCUGCGACUGCCCCUGUGGUGGCUUUGUUCGACGCCCAUGUGGAGUUUAACACCGGCUGGGCUGAGCCGAUUCUCCAGCGGAUCAAAGAGGACCGGACGCGGAUCAUCUCGCCUUCUUUCGACAACAUUAAAUACGACACGUUCGAGGUGGAGGAGUAUCCGCUGUCCGCUCAGGGCUUUGACUGGGAGCUGUGGUGUCGCUACCUGAAUCCACCCAAGUCCUGGUGGAACCUGAACAACACCACGUCUCCAAUCAGGAGUCCAGCUCUGAUUGGCUGCUUCGUUGUAGACAGGAAGUACUUUGAAGAAAUCGGGCUGCUGGACGAAGGUUUGGAAAUCUACGGCGGUGAGAAUGUGGAGCUGGGUGUCAGGGUGUGGCAGUGUGGUGGAAGUGUGGAGGUUCUGCCCUGUGCCCGUAUUGCCCACAUCGAGCGCGCUCACAAGCCGUACACCGAGGACCUGACCGCGCACAUGCGGCGUAACGCCCUGAGAGUGGCCGAGGUGUGGAUGGACGAGUUCAAGAGCCAUGUCUACAUGGCCUGGAAUGUUCCACAGGAGGACUCUGGCAUAGACAUUGGUGACAUCUCUGAGAGGAAAGCCCUGAGGAAAAGAAUGCAGUGUAAAACGUUCAGGUGGUACCUGGUGAACAUCUACCCCGAGAUGAGGAUGUACACAGACACCAUCGCGUAUGGAGUGCUAAGGAACUCCCUGAAGAGCGAGUUGUGUUUGGAUCAAGGCCCAGACACUGACAACGUCCCCAUCCUGUACCUCUGCCACGGGAUGACGCCUCAGAACGUGUACUACAGCAGCACUCAGCAGCUCCACGUGGGCGUUCUCAGCCCCACCAUUGACGACGACGACAACAAGUGCCUGGUGGACGUGAACGGACGGCCGAGGCUGAUCGAGUGCAGCUACGCCGCCGCCAAGCGCAUGAAGCUCCACUGGCUUUUCACUCAGAGAGGCUCCAUACAGAACAGGAAGUCAAAGCGAUGCCUCGAGCUUGUGGAGAACAACGAGAGCGAGUUUGGCUACGAGCUCGCCGUCCAGAAAUGCAGCGGACAGAAAUGGACUAUCACCAGCGUCCUGCAUGGUAGCACCUUGUAACGGGAUUGCGAGAGAGUCGAGGACACUGGAGAACACAGAUAAGCCUGAGUGUCGACGUGGAGACCGUGAUGCACCUGGAUGUCUCUAAUCGAACUUGACAUCAUAUGAUAAAUGUUAAACAUUUUUAUCCCUAGCUACUGUACAUGUGCAUACGGAUCAGCCACGUCUGCCAGCUUGGCCACUGGAAUAUUGAUAUUUUUAUUGAAUAUUUUCUUAUUAUAAGAUUGAAUACCAAAUAUAAUAUACUGUAAAGCCUAUUUCUAGAUAUUUUCACUUACUUAAUGCUUUUUGCCAAUUAUUAUUAUUAUUCAUGCUACUUAACAGUUAUUUAUAAAAAUGCACAAAAAAUCGUAUUAAAUCUGCGAUUUCGUUCUUAAAGUGUCGUUCAUUUUGGAGAAUUUACAUAAAAACAGAUUUGGAAUUCUUUUUUAUUCGUUGUCACCAAUAAGCAUAGAGAGGACGUGCCCACACACACACACACACACACACACACACACACACACACACACACACACACACACACACACACACACACACACACACA